AUGCAUUUGCUUUUGUCAGCAGCUGUAUUAUUGCAGCUUGGUUCCAUAGUGUCUUCUAUUCAAGUCAUUUCUGAAGAAAGCCUAGAAUUUUCUUUUAUUAAUUCUACUUAUGACUCCAUAUCUUUAAGUUCUUCCGAGGAAUCCUUUUCUUUCACUGAAACAUCAUAUGAAUCUACAACUGAAAUAUCUUCCAGUGAAUAUACUACCUCUGAUUUUUCAAGCGAGCCCAAUUUGCCCAAGCCUUCUAUUUCUUAUCAAUUUGGAAUGGGUUGUCAAAAAAAAAAAAGAGAAAAUACUGAUCAAUUAUUGAAUUUGCGCGAUGACAACACUCAAUACUGUAUUAAUAAGGCUUUGACAUUUAAUCAAUGUUCAUCGUUAUGCUCUAGCCUUAGUGUUUAUGCAAUCGAAAAUCCUGACACUAUUUGCAGUGAUUUAGCUGAAGGGGGUUCUCAAUUUAGCAACAGUCAAGUAUGCCGCUUAUGUAUUGACAACUAUGGAUACGACUAUUUUCAAAUUAAUUGGCUUGUAGCCAGUUUAAAAAGCUGUUUUGGAGAUGACUAUCGAAAAUCAUAUGAAUGUAACGAUCAGCCAUACUUUAUUACCCUUUAUCCUGAAGCAAUCGAAAACUCUCCAGCUACUCCUAAUUUUUCUGUCGAUAGUUCAACUGCUUCAGAUGAAUAUGACCAACUUCAAGAAUAUCUAUCUUCUCAAAUAUGUGUUGAUGUUUACGAUGAAUCAAGUUGCAGUAACGCUUUGAACUUAGUUCUUUUUAAACUUAAUUCUUAUACUGUAGCUCAAGCAAACAAUCACUUUACGUCUUUAGAAAAUUCCAACUACAUUAUCAAAUACCUUAUACUUUGCACAAAUGACUAUGAUUCUCUCAGUAAGACAUUCAUUUUUUACAUAUAUAACUUUAUUCGUGGAUUUUGCAAUGGCUUCGGUUUCUCAUCCUUGGAAGCAUGUCCAGUAUCUUCCUCAAACUCUGUUGAUUAUUCUUCCUUUUCUAAUUCUGAAAAUUUAUUCGAAUCUUCUUUAGUUGAUUCAUCCGAGAUUUCUUCAUCACUAAUUUCUUCUAUUUCAGAUUCAUCGUCAACAGAAAUUGAAUACUCCUCCAGUAUUUCAUUUGAGUCUUUAACAGAUUCUAUAACUGAAUUUGCAACUGAAUCUUCUUUUUCUUCUUCUGAUUUUGAGUCGUCUAGUGAAGGUACUAAUUCAGAAAUUGAUAGUGAACCAGUUUUACCGGUUCCUUCGAUUUCCUUUAAUUUUAAUAGAGGAUGUGGGAAAAAAAAACGAGAUGAAACUACCCCUUCUUUGCAUCGCCGCAAUACCAAUUACUGUAUCAACUCCUUGACAUUUAACCAAUGUUUCCGCUUAUGCUCAAGUCUUAACGUUUAUGCUAUUGAAAAUCGCGACACUAUUUGUGAGGACAUAUCAGAAGAGGGUGAUCAAUUUAACAACAGCCAAAUAUGUCUUGGAUGUUUUGGUGAUUAUGGAUAUGACUUCUUUAAUUCGAUUUGGUUACUGGCUAGUAUAAAACAAUGUCUUGGAGACAAUUAUGUAAAUACACCAAACUGCCGCUAUCACUCAGACUACGUCCCCAUUUACUCAACAACAAUUGAAAAUUCACCAGCUACUCCUACAUUUUCUGUAGACGCUUCAACUGCUUCUGCAGAGUAUGAUCAACUUCAGGAAUACCUAUCUUCUCAGCCUUGUGUGGAUAUUUACGACGAAGCUCUUUGCAUUACUGCAUUAGAUCUAAUGCUUUCAAAACUUAAUUCUAACACAGUCUCCCAAGCUUACCAUUAUUUUUCCGAGAGAAACAAUUAUAUACUUAAAUAUCUUGUUUUUUGCUCGGAAAAUUUUGAUUCAGUUGGCAAUUAUUAUAGUUUUUAUGUUCAGACACUACGUGGCGGGUUUUGUUCAACUAUAUUUUGGGCAAAUUUGGAUGCCUGUCCAGUAUCGUCGUCAUUAAAACUAACAACAAGCCUCCUUGAUUCUGAGAGUAGUUUGGUUUCGAUUACUAGCUCAAUUUAUGGAUAUUCGUCCUCUUUUGAGUCCUCUUUUUCUGAAUUUUCUUCUUCUGAAUUGUCUUCUGCUGAUUCUUCUUCUGAGUUUUCUUCUGAGUCUUCUUCUGCUGAAUCUUCUUCUGCUGAAUCGUCUUCUGAGUCUUCUUCUGCUGAAUCGUCUUCUGCUGAAUCUUCUUCUGCUGAAUCGUCUUCUGAUGAAUCGUCUUCUGAUGAAUCGUCUUCUGAUGAAUCGUCUUCUGCUGAAUCGUCUUCUACUGAAUCGUCAUCUACUGAAUCGUCUUCUGAAUCAUCUUCUGCUGAAUCGUCUUCUGCUGAAUCGUCUUCUGCUGAAUCGUCUUCUACUGAAUCGUCUUCUGCUGAAUCGUCUUCUGCUAAAUCGUCUUCUGCUGAAUCAUCUUCUGCUGAAUCAUCUUAUGCUGAAUCGUCUUCUGAGUCUUCUUCUGCUGAAUCAUCUUCUGCUGAAUCGUCUUCUGCUGAAUCGUCUUCUGCUGAAUCGUCUUCUGCUGAAUCGUCUUCUACUGAAUCGUCUUCUGCUGAAUCGUCUUCUGCUAAAUCGUCUUCUGCUGAAUCAUCUUCUGCUGAAUCAUCUUCUGCUGAAUCGUCUUCUGAGUCUUCUUCUGCUGAAUCGUCUUCUGCUGAAUCGUCUUCUGCUGAAUCGUCUUCUGGGUCUUUUUCUAUUGAAUCUUCUUCUGUUGAAUAUUCUUCUGCUGAAUCGUCUUCUGCUGAAUCGUCUUCUGAGUCUUCUUCUGCUGAAUCAUCUUCUGAUGAAUCGUCUUCUGAUGAAUCGUCUUCUGCUGAAUCGUCUUCUACUCAAUCGUCUUCUACUCAAUCGUCUUCUGAGUCUUCUUCUGCUGAAUCUUCUUUUGUUGAAUCGUCUUCUGCUGAAUCAUCUUCUGCUGAAUCGUCUUCUGCUGAAUCGUCUUCUGCUGAAUCAUCUUCUGCUGAAUCAUCUUCUGCUGAAUCGUCUUCUGCUGAAUCGUCUUCUGGGUCUUUUUCUAUUGAAUCUUCUUCUGUUGAAUAUUCUUCUGCUGAAUCGUCUUCUGCUGAAUCGUCUUCUAUUGAAUCUUCUUCUGUUGAAUAUUCUUCUGCUGAAUCGUCUUCUGCUGAAUCGUCUUCUACUGAAUCAUCUUCUGCUGAAUCGUCUUCUGCUGAAUCAUCUUCUGCUGAAUCGUCUUCUGCUGAAUCGUCUUCUACUGAAUCGUCUUCUGCUGAAUCGUCUUCUGCUAAAUCGUCUUCUGCUGAAUCAUCUUCUGCUGAAUCAUCUUAUGCUGAAUCGUCUUCUGAGUCUUCUUCUGCUGAAUCAUCUUCUGCUGAAUCGUUUUCUGCUGAAUCGUCUUCUACUGAAUCGUCUUCUGCUGAAUCGUCUUCUACUGAAUCGUCUUCUACUGAAUCGUCUUCUACUGAAUCGUCUUUUACUGAAUCGUCUUCUACUGAAUCGUCUUCUGAGUCUUCUUCUGCUGAAUCUUCUUUUGUUGAAUCGUCUUCUGCUGAAUCAUCUUCUGAUGAAUCGUCUUCUGCUGAAUCGUCUUCUGCUGAAUCGUCUUCUGCUGAAUCGUCUUCUGCUGAAUCAUCUUCUGAUGAAUCGUCUUCUGCUGAAUCGUCUUCUGCUGAAUCAUCUUCUGCUGAAUCAUCUUCUGCUGAAUCGUUUUCUGCUGAAUCAUCUUCUGUUAAAUAUUCUUCUGCUGAAUCGUCUUCUGCUGAAUCGUCUUCUGAGUCUUCUUCUGCUGAAUCAUCUUCCGAUGAAUCGUCUUAUGCUGAAUCGUCUUCUGCUGAAUCGUCUUCUGCUGAAUCGUCUUCUGCUGAAUCGUCUUCUGCUGAAUCAUCUUCUGCUGAAUCAUCUUAUGCUGAAUCGUCUUCUGAGUCUUCUUCUGCUGAAUCGUCUUCUGCUGAAUCGUCUUCUGCUGAAUCGUCUUCUGCUGAAUCGUCUUCUGCUGAAUCGUCUUCUGCUGAAUCGUCUUCUGCUGAAUCGUCUUCUGCUGAAUCGUCUUCUGCUGAAUCGUCUUCUGCUGAAUCAUCUUCUGCUGAAUCAUCUUUUACUGAAUCGUCUUCUACUGAAUCGUCUUUUACUGAAUCGUCUUCUACUGAAUCGUCUUCUGAGUCUUCUUCUGCUGAAUCUUCUUUUGUUGAAUCGUCUUCUGCUGAAUCAUCUUCUGAUGAAUCGUCUUCUGCUGAAUCGUCAUCUACUGAAUCGUCUUCUGAAUCAUCUUCUGCUGAAUCAUCUUCUGCUGAAUUGUUUUCUGCUGAGUCUUCUUCUGCUGAAUCGUCUUCUGGGUCUUUUUCUAUUGAAUCUUCUUCUGUUGAAUAUUCUUCUGCUAAAUUGUCUUAUGAUGAAUCGUCUUCUGCUGAACCCUCAUCUGUUGAAUUGUCAUCUGUUAAAUUGUCUUCUGCUGAAUCGUCUUUUGCUGAGUAUUCUACCCCUGAAUCGUCUUUUGAGUCUUUUUCUGCUGAAUUGUUUUCUGCUGAAUCCUCUUCUGCGAAAUCUUUUUCUGAUGAAUAUUUUUCUGUUGAAUCCUUUUCUGAUUCUUCAUUUGCUGAAUCCUUAUCCGCGGAAUCAAUUCUAUUUUCUUCUUUUUCGUUUCCUUUUGAAUCAUUGGUGAAAUCAUCUAUUGAGUCAUCCAUUGAAGAUAUUGCUUUAACUUUUACAGAAUAUUCAGUUGAAUCAUCUUCCAAUGAACCUUUAGCUGAAAUUUCAUCAACUUCAUCCUCUGCAUCAAGCCAAUCUUUUAUGGAAUCUAUUAUUACAGCUAUUCUUAAAGCUUCUUUAAAUUUGAGUUCACUUGAUACCCUAACAAAACUUGUUCAAUCAAUUGUCGACCUUUACAUUAAUGAGCUUGGUGAUUUGUCAACUCUUCUGUUUUCUGUUUUAUUUGAUGGAAGUAUUUUAUUUAAGCGUGCUUCAACUGUUGAAGAAGCUACUGUUGCAUUUACACGAUAUACAAAUACUUUACUCAAUUGGUUUACCCAGGUAUCAUACUCUGAAUUCCUUUUGCUGAUCAGCAAAAUUCAAAACUAUGCAGACCCUUCGUUGGUGGAAUCCUUGGUGCGUUUAACUAUCUCCCCUUCAUUUAGUUUAGCCGAAUCUGUCAUCAAUAACUAUGCGUCUCAAAGUGAAGAAUUCAAUAGCUUAGUAAAUUAUUUUUAUCCAGUUUUUGAUAAGUUUAUUAAAGAAGUCAUCACCGCACUGUAUGCUAAGCAUAGUGGUUUAUCUAGUGAGAGUGUGUUUUUCAUCGAAUCCGACACAUUUUUGUCCACUUUAGCAGAAACUUCUUCUCAGCCUGUUGCUUUAACAACUACCAUUUUAGCCACUACCAUUACAGAAUCAACUACAUUUGUCAAAACUGAAGGAACAGUUAUCGCCACCGUUACUGAGCCUUGUGAAACUACUUUUGAAACAAUUGUCAUUGCUUCUGAAACCACUUACGCUAUCACUGAGCCUUGUACUAAAUGCUCCACUAAGACCUUUACCGUAUCAACAGUUAUUGCAAUCACCUCCACAUUACCCAAUAAUCAAAUAGCCACUAUUACUACGGCUCAUGAAGUUGUUGUUACAGCAGAAGUCACCAAGCUUCCCGAAUCUGGUUACACCGUGGUCACUCAUAAUGGAGAAACGACUGUCACUGAAGCUUGCUCAUUAUGCAAGACUUAUACAACUACAGAGAACGAAAUCACUACAUUCAUUACAACAUCGGGAAAUGUAGUUUUGAUUGUUAGUGAGCCUUGUGAGUCUACAUAUACAAUCUUUAAGUCUUCUGCCAUUUCCGGGGGUGAUGUCAAUACAGUUACCACUACAGUUGGUAAUGUUUGCAACGGUUGCAAAUCAUGUACAACGACAAAGACAAGGCUUACGACGUAUACAGAAUUAUCAGGAACAUUACCCGUAACUGUUACAGAACCUACUGUGUCUAUUUAUAUUGUAGUUGAAUCAUCUCCUACUUCUGUUAUUAUACCCUCUUCAGCUCAAACCACUUAUACUACAACAAAAUCUGGGUUUACCACUUUCUCAACAAUUUUAGGGGCAUCUACUGUCACUGUAACUGAACCUUGCGAAUCCACAUAUGUGGUUUUUGAAUCAAAAAUGGAUACCUCUGCUUUUUUGCCAACUUCAACAUGCAUUAGUUGCCUCACAUAUACCACUACAAAACCUGAAAUUGUUACUUUUACCACAACCUUUGGAUCAGAAACUGUUACUAUCACAGAGCCUUGUGAUUUCACUUACAUAGUAAUUGAAUCAUCGAUUAAAAGUAGUGUCCAUGAAACUUAUAAGGAGUGCUUAGAGUGCAGGACUUUUGAAAGGACAGAAAGUGCAUUUACUGCUUAUACGACAUCAUUAUCUGAUAAAAUUGUUACAGAACCUUGGGAAACCACUCAUAUCGUUUUUGAAACACCUGUAACUAUAGGUGAAUCUCUGGGAGUUUCUGUUUCUACUGAUGCUAUUUUUUUAAAUAUAGGUGGUUCUACCAUUAAAACAUGCGUUGAUUGUAAAACCUUGAUUCAAACUUCCACAAGGUUUACCACUUAUAUGACUACCUCAUCUGGUAUUAUCACAACACUGAAAGAGCCCCAAACAGUUGUUUCUACAGUUGUUGAACCUUCAAUUUCUUUAGAAAGUUUAACUACGAGCUUAGCGACCACCAUUAUGAUACCUAAAACCUCUGUUAGUUUACAGGAAAUGCAGAGCCCACUAGCAAGUAAUUCUCUCAUCACUAGUUUAAACACUAUGGUUUCCGCUUCACCUAGCGGUAUCUUUAGUUCGUCGCAAGUAGUAGCUAAUUCUUCUACACAGCCUAAAGAGUUAACUAUAGAAAAAAGUGAAAUCACUACAGUUCCUACUACAGACAUUAUAGUUUCGAAAAGCCCAAGCUCAGCGGUUUCAACAAGUAAUGACACACAAACGCCAGUGUUUGGAGAGUCGACAAUCAUUGAGCAAACCAAUUCAGGUAUUUCAUUGAAAAAUGAAGCUUUAGUGUUUAUUGCAUUAUUGUUAGUUCUGUUUAUUUAA